AUGAAAACAUAUUAUGAGAACUUUGAGAGUUCCUCUUCAACAAUAAGACAAAGUCGUCGUCGUCGUCCUUCAGCUAAUAACAUUUCAGCAUCGCGGGAAACAUCAAUAAACCAAGAUGGCAGAUCUUUAUUUAGUGAUGGAUUUGGACGAAAUAUUUCUCUAGCUGAUGAAGAGCUCAACCUUGAAACAUAA